UGGAAAAUGGUUAAGAAAUCUUACUUGUAUAAUUAUAUCUAGUCAUGCUUUGAUCAAUGUAAAACUGGCAUCUUGAGAUGGUGAGAGUUAUGAAAAGUUGCAUUCAGUCUUCCUUAAAACUAAUGAAUUCGAUUAUAGCAAUCCUUGGGAUUGUAAUGAUUCUAUAUAGUUUGUGUAUGAUUAAAGUUUGGCAGAAAGAUGCUGAGGGGUCAUCAGUUGAUCAUCACAAUUCUACUUUUCCCUGGUUUAUACAUGCUUUUCUUGGCAUUGGCAUCAGCUUGUGUGCAAGUACAUGCCUUGGUCAUUUUGCUGCAGAUACUGCAAAUGCAUAUUACCUCUCUUGUUACAUGCUUAUCAUCUUCUCGCUUCUCCUAAUCGAGACUGCAAUUGUAUCAGAUGUAUUUAUAAAUUCUGACUGGGACAAGGACUUGCCUGAUGAUCCAUCAGGAAGGUUUGACAAUUUCAAAGAUUUUGUGAAGUCCAACAUCGACGUUUGUGUAUGGAUUGGGUUGUUGAUUCUUGUAGCACAGGGAUUUUCAAUCUUGUUCGCCCUGGUUCUAAGAACUAUCCAAGAAGAUGAGGUAACCAGCCAUGAAUUCACUCCAUCAAGGCUUCCACUUCUGCAGCAUCCUGUCUGAACAACUUCUGAAUGUUAACGUCUCCAAGAAUGAAGCCCAGAAGACCAUUAUUGAAUCAAAUAGUAUUUUUGUUGAUUUUUCAUUAUUAUUACUAAUUCGUAGUUCUAUGUCAAUGCGUUACUCAGCAUAUAUCCUGGAGAUUAGAGAUAUAACUGGUGUUUGGAGAGACCGACCUCAGAAUAAUCAUUUAUGAGAAAAUCUGGUAAAGUAAUGUUCAUAUAUUUAAUGCCAUAAGAAAAAAUCUGGAUAUGCAGUUUAACAGUUUGAACUUUGAAUCAGUUGGGUGACUCAACUCAAGGCAAAAGAAGCCUUGGAAAGUUUUGAAAAUAAUUUGAGGAAAGAGGAUUGAGUAUGAAACAGUUGAAUCCAAGCACAGGAAGAGGGAACUUGAUCUACCAUUUUGAGAAUUGUGUUUUCAUGUUUGUGUAAAUCCGAAAGAUUAAGAAAAACUGUAAAACAUGUUUUUGUUUUCAUUCUAAUCCACAAAAGCACA